AUGGGUGAUUUAGUGACGGAGGGCCAUGUGGUUGAGGAGCUAGUCAGAUCCGUGGAGGGUAUACCCAUCGGCGUCGCGGAUGUUCUGACGGUGCUGCAGCGGUUGUGCUCAGAGCACGACCCCGAGGCCAUGUCCGCCGUGCUGGACCAUGCCCAGACAUACGCGCAAGACCACUUGCCGCGGCUGCGCCGCCUCGUGUUCCUCCUCCUGCGCUUCUACGAAGCCGCGAGCCACUACCCUCUCUCUGAAUUCCCCAAAGUUAUGCAAGAGCUGGCGGCAUCAUUUCCCGAGGGCAAGAAGGAGGUGGUGGCAAUCAGAGCCGCGCACCGAGACAUCAGCGCGCUGGUCACCUCGCAGCAACUCAUCCUGCAGCCGCGCACCAGCGGCCACAGCUUGCAUGGGGACCUGGGGUGGCAGCAGGAGCAGAGUGAGGGUGCGUUCCUGCUGGCGGAUGGGGACCUUAAGUGGCACGCAAACGGGGAUGUGAAGGUGCAGGUUAAUGGGGACGGGAAGUGGCAGGCGAAUGGUGACGUGCGGAAGGAGGCUCUGCCUUGCACCCAAGCCACGUCGCACUCCCUCCUCCACUCUUUCCUCGGUCACCUGGGCCGUCUCGCCAGCACCGUGGUCAAGGCCUCUGACAGCUACCUUCUCCUCAACCAGCAGUUGGCGCACAUGCUUCAGCCCUCUCGGACCCGGAACUCAGCAGCAGCGCCUUCAAGUUUACAGGAGAAGUUUCAGUCCUUGCACAGUGCGCUUGCUUGCAGACAGGAACACGUGGAUGCUGCUUGGAAGCAGCUGUGCGUAUUGCAGGGGCAGGUGGAGAGGGAGCCUGUGCUGUCGGGGCUGUCAUUCUUGCUUUCCGCUCCAGUUGUUUGCUUCCUGCUCAAAACCUGGUUCAAUGGCUUCUACCGGCUACUAGGUGCAACAUCUCCAAGACCCGGCCCUGCUCAAGAUCCCUAG